UUUUCUGUGGAAGGAGGGGACUAUUAUUGCUGGCUGCCAGGGGUCUCUCUUUUUCCUGUCUUCAAGAACAACCUCUUUUUAGAGCCUGGAUGCUGGAUGGAGAGUGAUGCUCAACUGUCUCUCUUGAGAAUUCCCAUAGGUGUGCGAUUGGGUUCAGAUCAGGAGACAUACUUGACCCUGUUGUUUUUCAGAAAUGCAACAAUGGCCUUAGAUGUGUUUUUUGGAUCAUUGUCAUGUUUGGAAAAGUGUUCGAUGACCACAGGCACGGAGUGAUGGUAGCAUCUUCUCUUUCAAUAUAGAGAAGUACACCUUGAAUUCAUGAUACCGUCAAUGAAAUGCAGCACUCUGCCACCACCAUGUUUCACUGUAGGCACCAUACAU